AUGGCGACUGGAAGGAGUCUUCCUGUCAUCUUCAAAAAAUUCGAUAGAAGCGUCGAUCCGUGGUCGUUAGAAACCGCUGAAGUGUCACGCAGAUGUCGAGUGUUGGCAAUCCUUGGCUUUGAUCAAACACUACAGCUUUGGAACGUGAAGAGCGAUGCAAAAUGCGCCCUUCCGAGUAUCAAACAGUAAGCUAUGUUUUUGAUAACUCAGGAUAUCUUUAGUGAUGAUACUUUAUUUGGUAAAAUUUGCGUACAGCCUCAUUUGUUAUGCGCGCAGCACUAUCUUACUAUCUCGUACAAAUAAGUUAAUAUGUAAUAAGCUUAAAUGUAUAAUAUUAUGCUUCGCGGCGGUCUUAUCUAGAAAAUUGCUCAUGAAAAUUAUUAAAGUAAGAUACCAGCUGGGUAUACUGAGAUAUGAAGUAGUAAACGAUAAAAAAAGGAAGAAAAGACAGAAAGAAAGAGAGAAAUGGGCAGCGUGAUCACUAAAAGUGUCUCUGAGUACCGUUUGUUGCUGAAACCCAUGAUUCAUAGAUCAUUUCAAACUGUGAUAGGAAGUCCAGCAACACCAUGGCAGGGGGUGUGUCACUAUGAGAUGGUUGGAAGUAGCAUGUCAAUUACAAGGUUCAAACUGUAGUGGAAUCAGCAGCCCUUUGCAGCUUGCUUGAACCUCAUUUUUAUGACCCAAGCUGUAUUUUUAGUUGUAAUACCAUAUGCAGUGUAAUUUACAAGAAUUUUAUAAAGUCUAUAAUGAAUGAAAACAACAGGGAAGUCUUGCCUUAUUGCCCCUGGUACAAGACAAACAGCAUUUGCUCACUAAUCAGGACUUGAAAAAAACUUGGAUUCCAGCUUGUCCUUUGAACAAGCAGCUAUCACAUUUUCCUGGCCCAGGGCCACUUUUUGCUAGACUUAGUUAAUGACUUUAUUAAGCUUGGUUUCCAUAAUGAUCACUGCGAUCACAGUUCCAGCAACCGUCACAAUAAUUAUUGAUGGUUUCCAUAUAAUGGCUGCUAUGUGAUCACUGAGAAAGUAUUGAGGGGACCUGGGUCUGACAACAUCGUGCGCCCCAUUCCUCAAAUUCAAGACUUGUACUACCUCUCUUCCAGAACCAGAUGGCACAGAUUUCUUUAAAAAUCUCCCAUAGCCUGUUCUUGUGUUUUUAACUUUUAGCCAGCUUGUCCUUUGAGCAAGCAGCUAUCACAUUUUCCUGGCCCUCAUUAACUUUAUUAAGCUCAGUUUCCAUAAUGAUCACUGCGAUCACAGUUCCAGCAAUCGUCACAAUAAUUAUUGAUGGUUUCCAUAUAACGGCUGCUAUGUGAUCACUGAGAAAGUAUUGAGGGGACCUGGGUCUGACAACAUCGUGCGCCCCAUUCUUCAAAUUCAAGACUGGUACUACCUCUCUUCCAGAACCAGAUGGCACAGAUUUCUUUAAAAAUCUCCCAUAGCCUGUUCUUGUGUUUUUAACUUUUUUCUCGGCCUGAUCAGGACUCAGGUCAAAUUUUUCCCAAUUGCUUUCCAGCAAUUGUUUUUCUUGUGCUUGUCUCUAUAUUCUGUUGAAAAUUCUUUGUAAAGGCAGUCGUAUUUUUGCACUUCCUCCACAAAAAGUGGCAAAUCCAGUGAUUUCUUGGUUCUCAUGGUGGCAGCCAUCUUGAAAUGGGUGAGCAUAUGCAUUGCAUACUGGUCUUUUUGCUGUCGCUGCAAUUGCUCUGAUCGCUGGAGAGUGGUUUCCCUAUAAUCACUGUGAUCACCAUGAUUGCUGAGAAAGAACUUUCUCUAUCUCAGACAUCUCAGUGAUCGUUGUCGCUACGGUGGCUGUGAUCGCUACGAUAACUGGAGAGUGGUUUCGAUAUGAUUGCUACUAUUGCUGAACCUUUUUUUCUAGCAAUCGCAGUGAUCACAGCAACCAUACAUGUAUGGAAACCGGGCUUUAGAGAUGACUUGCCUGGACCCUUUCCCAUAGGGCAAGUAACUAGCUUUGAAAGUUUCUUGCACAGCAAGAAAACCUUCUUAUCCUAGGCUAACAGAUGGGACUUUUUUAAGCGCUAAUUAUUCACCUUUUGUGAAGAUUCAGGUGGAGUUUGUGUCAAGACUGUGUGAAUGAAAGUGUUCAGCAUGAUUUAUCAGAAGACCAUUUUGCUGCAGUAAAGUCAGAUGCCAGUAUAGAAUUAUAUUCCAUUUCUAAAGCUUUUGAGGAUUUAUCGGUUACCUGUGAUGCUGUUGUUGCUAAAGACCUGCUGAAAGGGCUUCUACAUGAUAGAGGAAAAGGUAUGAAAAUCUGUGGAUUAGAAAUAAUCUUAUUGACAUUAACAGAUUUUUAUGUCAAGAAAGUCACAAUUUUGUAGCCACAUUAAGUGGGGGAGAUUUUUCUUUUUUCUCCUCUUUUAUUCUCAUUAUCAUACAAAAAAUGUUUUCCAGGUUUUGGAUAAGUAAUCUGUAAAUAACAUUUAUAUGAUGUAAGAAUAUUAUUGACAGUCUUAAAUUCUCAGUUCCUCUUGAGUGCCACUAGAUACAAAAUAUUUUACCCUUGCUGCUUUCUCAACCUUGUUCCCAUGGUCCUCUCAGUGGAGGACCAAGAAGGGGCCCUGGGAGCAAGAUUGACUACUUCUUGAGAGCGAUCUUUUCCUGAUUGGGCAAUAUUUCAUAAAUUUCUGUUUUAACAUAAUCGCUGCAUGGAAAGCUGUUGUGAGCUAUGUAAACAGGUCUGCAAAUACCUCUACUUAAAGGGGUUUCUUUGUUGUUUACAGAUUGGCUUGGUGAUGAAGUAGACCUUGUUUUCGUAAGCACAAGCGUGGAACCAGUGAGACAUGAGAUAACUCUACUGCUAGAUAAGACAUUUGUCGCUGUGUUGUCUUUGACCAAGAGCAUCACUGCUGUAUCAGUUUGCUUUGAUAUAAAACAAUCUGUGAGAAACACAAACAUUGUCCAGUCAGGGCUGGUUAAAGUAGUUAGGAGGAGUCACAAGUUCAUUUUCACUCUACUGUCCAAUGGUGUUGUGCGUAUCCUUUUACUACCACUAAGUUUACAGUCUGAAAUUGAAAAGGGAAAUGAUUAAAGAGAAGAUCAGGGGAAUUAUUGAGUACAUAGGCAAAUCUUUGUUUGUAUUUUUUUGCCUCAUUAAGCAUAUGCCUAUCAUUCUCUAGAGGAUCAAACCAUGAGAAUAACAUCCUUGAAUAUUGAAAGAGGGUAGCAAUAUUAGUAAUCUCUCCUAGCUGGUGGGAUGCCAACCAGUUGGCUAUUUACAAGUAUGGAAGGGGAUUUGAACUUGGUAUUAUCAAGAACAAAUCCAGCCAGUGGUCAAAGAAGAAAUUGAACACAGGCCAUUCAGAUUGCUAGUCCAGGCUCUGGUCGCUUGGCCGAUCCUGGUUCCCAGGCUUCUCCCUGUAAGCAGGGAACCUGAGUGAACCCUGAGAACUUGGUUGCCCUUGCCCAUGCUGUGUCCCAACGAAAGUUGUAUUGAAUGUACUAUAGUGUGGUUGUAAAAUGUAGAUAUAUAUAUUUUUGUGUGAAAAUCUCCCUUUUGGUACCUGUUGUAACUGCUGUUUUAUGUGUUCUUGACAUUUAAAGUAAUUCACAACUUGAAUAUUUUUAUUGGUUCAGUUGAUGUGUGGAUGCCUGACAAUUUUAUUAUGCAAGGUUUGUAGCUGACUCUAGCACUUUGUUUUAAGAUGAAAGAUUUUGUUGGCUUUUAAUACUUCCCAUAAUANCUUUUGGUACCUGUUGUAACUGCUGUUUUAUGUGUUCUUGACAUUUAAAGUAAUUCACAACUUGAAUAUUUUUAUUGGUUCAGUUGAUGUGUGGAUGCCUGACAAUUUUAUUAUGCAAGGUUUGUAGCUGAUUCUAACACUUUGUUUUAAGAUGAAAGAUUUUGUUGGCUUUUAAUACUUCCUAUAAUAGUUACCACCAAUUAGUUUAAAAGUAGCUAAAGGUAUUUUGAUAAAGAUGAGAUGAUGAAUUUUUUAACUGAAUUUUAUUGCUGGAAAAAGAAAACAUAACCAUACUGUUCAGGUUAUAGUUAUUAAAUAGUAACUAAAACUGAGAAAGGUGGCUUAGCAUUAAGAUAUAUUGUUUUAAAGUUUUUAUGCCUUCGAUAUACAACUAUCAAUAAGUUAGAUAGCUUAUUUUAGCUACAUGUAACAUGCAGCCAUGGGGCUGAAUGAAAUAGUAAUGCACUUAAAAUGGUCACAAAAUCUUACAUUUUGAUCCAGCUGAUGUAAAAGGAACUUACAGUUGCCUUUGAAGUGAAUGCCAUUUUCUGCUUUAUUUCAGAUUCUGCAACAAUUCAACCAAGACCAGUAUUUUCUCACUUGGAAGUCGCUGAUGAUCUUUCCUUUCUUGUGUGUGCUGAUGAAGCAAACAACAUCUAUUUAAUAAACCUUGAUGUGUAUUUUAAAGAUUCUCCUUCUCAGCUUGUUUCUGCUGGCUUUGUUGGAAACCAGUCUUCGUCAAUAGGAAACGUUAAGUUUCAGUAUGAACCUGAUGAUGAAGAUGCAGUUGCCCGGGUUUCUCACAUGUCCGGGAUAAUAUACGGUGACAGAGUGUGGAAAACUGAGUUACUGGCAUUUAGAAGUGAUGCAAAGAAACAAGGAUGCUUGAGCAGCGUUUCAGGUUACAAUUAUGCCUCUAGCCUAAUUUGCUGUGUGUGUUAAAUUCCAGACCUUUUCCAUUAAUACAUUAACUCCUUCCUCCUCAUUGAAUUUUUUGUAUUAACAUUGUCUAAUGUAGUGUUUGACUUUCAGUUUCAUGUUUAUUAUAAAAGUAUCAUUACUCUCAAAAUCUCGAUUUAUUGAAAAACAAGUAGCAGUGUUACUAUUUUCAUGAAUCUUUAUGAUUAAUCUGCUGUAUAAUAUUACCAAUAAGUAAACCAGCGUGAGGAUAUGUGGUUAGUGACAGGGAUUUGAGGUAUGGUUUUAGUCCCAGAUAAGCAAUAAGAGAUAGCUACACCAGAACUUUGCCCAGUCAUUACGGGACACCCCACUAUUAUCUCCAUGUAUCAACAAGGAUGGAAAGAGUCAAUGUAGAGCAAAGAUUCGUGCACAACACUGACCUAAUGGUUUAAAAAUAAAUAAAUAUAUGAAUAAUGAUUUGGAGGUAGCACAUCCACGAAGUGGUUCUUCUUCUACCUGAUUCCUAGUCAAAUUGGAAUUUGGAAAUGUUGGUUCUUGAGGAGAGGGGAAAACCGGAGUACCCAGAGAAAAACCUCUCGGAGCAAAGGAGAGAACCAACAACAAACUCAGCCCUCAUUUGGCCUCGACACUGGAAUUUGGACCCGGGCCGUACUAGUGGGAGGCGAGCACUCUCACCACUAUGCCAUCCCUUGCUCCUCUCCCUUGGUUUUGUGUUAACUUAGUAUUAUUUUAAUGUUUGUUGUUUUUGCUCCCAUUACAUACAGAUAACAGUCCAGUGUGUGAUUCAGCUGAGAAGAAUCGAUGGUUUUCUCAUUUAGUGGGUCCUGGAGAUGGACAUCUCUUGGGUACAUUCACAUCAUGUCAUAAACUGCCAUUCACAAGUUGCAGCAGAGUGUCAGGGUUUAGAGGAAAACAAGCAGAAGCUGCAGCUGCAGCUCUUGAAGGUGAAACUAACGCUGAAUGCCGCCAGAAAGUGCUCUUCUUUCGUCAUGAGGCCUGGAUGGAAGUGUUCGACUUAGAUGGAAUUUUCAUCACCCCAGCAUCAUUUUUGUUGAACUUUAAGUCAAAGCAACUGAGUGAAACAGAAGAACAGUCUUAUGAUGACUCGUAUGGAAUGCUAUGUCUCUACCUGUUCAACACCAAGGAGUAUGUUUAUCACAGGUUGUCAGAAUCUUCCCUGAUGGUGCGAUGUUGUGAAACAACCUACCCACCAUUACUGCUGACAAGCAAAUCACUUGCUGUACCUGUAUUUGAUAUCACGCAAGAUCAACUUGUACACAAGGUGAUGUAUCUCUUAACUGGCUCAAAGAAGUGUGACAUAAGACAUAGAUAUAAGCCUACACAAUUAUAUAUUCAAGGAAGCUUAAAACUCACUUUAGAUGGGCAAAAUUGUCAUGCAAAAACACAAAACAUUGUAUCGCCAUAGUCAAAUUCCACCAAUUCAACAUCAUAACAGUGUCGGUUAGUCAGAUCUUGGAACUUGUAACAAAGUAUAAAUACAAAAUUGGUUAAAUUGCAGAGAAAGUAUCUUCCUUAUUUUACCACUGGUCUUGUUUUAGGUAAUUAUGUAUGAAAAUGCGGGCCUUGCUGACUCAUUGUGCUUUGCAAAUCAGUGGGAUCACUGUACCAUUCCAAUUCAUGCUUUGGAAGUGGCCUUGAAACUACGACAACUUGACACUGUUGCCUUCUUUCUAAAGAACCAGGACAAAGGUAAUGCUGCAUGGGUAUGAAGAAUCUAGCAAGCUGUAGCUUAGUUAGCUCCUGCUUGACGAUUUUUGCAUUACUGUUCAAAUAGUGCUUUGUAAAAAAUGUCAAAACUUGGCUUUAUUAAAAGCUGUAAGAUGCAUUUAAUACUCGUUUAAAUCUUAGGGCAGUGUAUAGCAAAGCUGUAAUUGUGCCUUUUCCCCUUUGGCUUUACAAGUGCUCCAAUAACAGCAUGAUAGCUUGAUUCUUUGAUCUUUUGAUUCUUGAUGCGGGAAUUAAGGGAGUGAAGUAGAGCUGCAUAUUGAGGGUUCAGUUUGUUAUUUGGAUUAUCUAUUGGGAAAAGCGAUUACUCACAAGAACCGUUGCCAUUAAUGGAUCAGCCCUUUUUAAGAUGUCGACUAAACAGAUGUGUGGGGAUGAGUAAUAGCUCUUUGGAGCUCCUUAGGUUUUGAAUUGCAUGAAGAGUGUUAAAGUCGUUUCUCCCUGUCCAGCCCAGAUGCUUAAGUAUCAGUGUACCUGAAGGAAAGAUAACAAGAGCUUACUUAAAGCUUUAGACCGGACCAACCAAAGGUCAAAAUCUGAUGCUGUGUCAUCAAUAAAUCCAGUAACUGAAGUGACUGAAAGCCAACAAUUUAUGGCACUUUCUGUGUUUUUCAGCGUUUACCAACAGGUGUUCUGUAGCCACCUCCUCAGUUUCUUUGUCUUCAGGCGCAAGUUCAUCCCCAUCAUCAUCACAAAGUGAGCUUGCUUUGGGUACCACAGAUGUGAAAGCAGUUACCAAGGCUCUUGUCGCAGCUGUCAAGUACAAUAUGCAGCGUAAGUGGUUUUGAACCUCAGUGGUCUAAUGUUAACUUACAUUUUGCCCUUAGUACAUUGUGCAGCUCGGCCCAUCAACAGACACCAACUGAUCAAGAGCCGUUUGUCAGUAGCCUUCCUUGUUUCAAAUUUCAGGAAUCAAAUGAAGCUUUAUCAUCGUCAUCAUCAGUUGCCAUUGUUGUCUUCUUUACAUCACCAUUCUGCUCCAGAACAACAGCUUGGCUGGUGUUGUCGUUAUCUAUAUCCUCAAUUUUAAUAUCAUUAUCUUCAUCGUCAUAAGUGCACUAUGAUUUUCUAUUUUUAUUACAUUUCUGUGCUUUGUUGGUAGUUUCCUCAUCAUUAAAGUCGUUCAUAUUUGUGGUUUCAUCAGAAGUGUCUGCAAAAUCAUUAUCAUUAAACUGUAUUUUGGUUUUCAUUCGGGCAAUAGAUAUUAUAACGGAAGGCACAUUAUGCCAUUAUUACAGCUUAAACAGUUGUUGGUAGUUUUAUGGAGAGGUGAAUAGCUUUCCUCUUCUCAAGAUAAGAGUACUCCUUUUUCGUUUGCUGAGAGGCGGUUUUCUCUCUUGAAAGAAUAUCACAAUUCACUGACGUAACAAAUAAGCUAGUGUAGCAAACCUUUUUACCUUGCCAAUUCUCACUUUGGUACCUUUUCUUCUAGAGCAACACUACCAACACUUUACCCAGCAACUUGCGCAAAUGACUUUGAGCUACCUCCACAACUUGAUGGAAGAUGGAGCAAAACUUUUAGAAGCUGAAGACUCCUCUAACACGACAGAGAGUGAAUGGUCUCUAUUUUUCCAAGAGAUAAAAGAGUGUCUUGAAUUUCUCACUCAGAGCACUGUAGAACUUCGUUGUCAUCUCAGCAACAUGCCCGUCGAUGCUACAGAGAAACGGGAAACUGUUGAUGGAAAUCAAAUGUCUUUUCCAUGUAUUAAAGUAGAAGAGGCAGAUAGGUUAACAAAACAAUGGAUCCAAAUGACAGAUGAGGUAACAUAGCGGGUACUAUUUUUCUUGGUGAUAUUUAUCAGUGGAAAAUGUGGGUUUACAAUUUAAAAGGGGACAUACAAUUAGAAAACGGAAACAAAGACACUAGUGUCAUAGUGUUUGGUGAAAAAAAGUUAUUUUGCAAACAGGCUAACUAAACACAGGAGGGCUUUACGAGGCGUUGUCAGCAAAUCACAGUGGUGGUGGUUAUGUUCCGAGUAUGUAUAGAAAGAUUGAACAUUCAGUUGUUUGGUAAAACAAAUUAACUGAUUUCUUUGAUGUACAUUGCAUUUCUUUUGAUUGCUUGAAGCACUUGUCACGUUUUGCUCACAAGUAUUUACCGGCCCAUCAACAGACACCAACUGAUCAAGAGCCAUUUGUCACUUGCCUUUCUUGUUUCAAAUUUCAGAAAUCAAAUGAUGCUUUAGCCAUGUACACUAUUUAUUUAUCGUUUCUGAUUCAGCCUUACCCACUGUUACUUUACUUUGCAGGAGAUUGUCGAGGAUGCCAUUAUAAACAGACAGAUUUCCUCUGCACAGACGUUUUUCCAGAGUAGGAAGAAAGAAAGCGUGGUAGGAUGAGAGUCAAAACUGUUAAAUGAUGCCUUUGUUGAUGUUGUCAAUGAAAUGUGUCAAAACUCCAUUCUGUGCUCCUGGUCUCCCCUAAAUCACCGUGAUUCUUGUCUUCCAUUUUUUAACGGUCCUGUAAGAUUGGUUUGACCGUGUGCAGAGCCAAUGUGACAAGUGGCAACAGAAAUUCAUAUUAAACCUUUUCAUCUCCAUUUUGCAACCUGUUGCUUUUAGAUGUGUUCCUUGCGUCCCCUUUAAUGCAUUACCCGAAACUUCCGUUAAUUGUAGCAUCAUGUUCAUCAAUGAUAAUGGAAGUCAUCUAUUCCCCUUUGGUUUUACGAACGAACCUGGUAUGUUUCAGUGGCUCUAAUGCAACUACUUUGGUCAUGUCUUAAGGAAAGAUAAAUAUAUUUCAGUCAAGUGAUUUCAAUACCAGCAUAUUAAGUAAAAGACAGAAACCUUAUCAAAAACCUGAAUUUAAGUAUCUGAGGACACAUUUCUCUUGUUUUUCAUCUCUAACAGUAAUUAGGUCUAGUUGUAAGUACUCAGGCAGAUGACUCACUAGACUGAAGUCAGUGAUAAUAAAGGUCACCCAUUUCCCUUUGGUUUAACAAACGACCCAAGACUUUUUCAGCCACUCAAGGACGAUUUUUUUGGUCUGGUCCAAAGAAAAGUCGUAUUCUGCGGCUACUAUAAUCUAAAAAAAUUCAAAAGCCUCGUUAUCAUAAUCCUAGCAUUAAAAAGUUGACAUCACCAAUUACUUUUUCUAGAGCCACUUUUCUAGCGUUGUAAUUACUAAGUAAUGUUCAGUCAACAGAGGUCAAAGAUGUUCAUUGUGAUGGUUCGCUGUCAAGCUUCAUUGCAAUUAGUCUUAAAGUGGUUCUUCAGAAACUCUUGGACCAUGACAUGGAUACUGUGGUGAUAUUGCUAACAAACCUGGUAGGUGAGAUGCGAAAAUACGAAAAUGUAACAAGAUAGUACACAUGUUACCAUAAAAACUGUGAUCUUCACCCACCUCUUCCCACCAAUAAUGUACAAAAUCGUUUGGUUUUCUGAAGGUGGUGUCGGAUUUUGUGGUUGUAGACUAGAGAAAAACAGGUAUUUCAACGCGAGCCUUGUGGUCUUUUAGAUAAUGAAGUACUAUAAAAAUCAGCAUGAGAGUGGCUCCUCCUAAAUGUUAUGCGAUUCUAAUAGUUGACAAUGGAGUCGAAAUCAAUUGUGUAAUUGGACACCAUCUUAGGCAUCCUACUUCUCAUCCUAUAUUUACUAGAUCAUCUGCCCCUUCGAAUAAACAUCUCUUCUGUUUGCAGGGACGGGAUGUUUUGCGACAAUUGCACACGAUUUGCCUGUACACACUUCACAGACCCUUGAGAGAUUUCCUGGUAAGCUAAGAUUAGUAAAAUAUUGAAGCAGAAAGAGCGUUUUGGUCAAUGUCUAAAACCAAGUAGUGGCUUAAAGACAAAAAACACAACAGACGGCCGAGUUUUCUUCCUUAACCGACUUUAAGGUGUAUGACUGCGUAUGGCAACGUGUAUGACUACGUGACAAGUCAACUCAAAUGGUAGUUAAUGACUGAAUUAAGACAAAACAUUGUGGUAAUUAGAAUACGUUUUCCUAACCUCCUUUACCUUUGUUAUGUCCUGUGUUUUCUUCUUAUGAUGUUUUCAUUUGAGGAAUGUUCUCUUAAACGUUUAGGAACAAAAAUAGGGUAGGUAACAAGCUUAUUAAAGACAAAAUAUUUGAUCUUCACCCUGCCUUGAAAGGUAUUACACGCAAAACCACACUCUAGUGAGAUAUGCGUAGAUUUCGGACAAAGAGGGAAAAGUGUAGUCGGUCUAUUAAACUGAAAAGUAACUACAGUUAACCCAAAGCAAAGGUUUAUAAAGACAUUAUGUUUCAGGCAACUGAAUUGGGAUCCAGAGGCUUUUUAUCGUCUGAGGAAAAGGAUCUGGUUGGAUUUGUCCAUACCUUGGAAAACACAUACAGUCAACAAUCGUUCUUAGAGGCAAAACGUAACAUAAGGAACAACGACGAGGAUGACAGGUUUUUGGAAGUCACUUUAUUGAUACGUCGUAAGAUUCGUAGUUUACCGGCCUGGCUUGUAUUUUGUUUAUUUGUCCUUUCUUGCUCACCGGUACAAGCUAUCUUUGUUGUUGUUAUUGUUUUAAAGUUCUUAAAACAGAUCAAUUUAUACUUUCUAUUUCUCAGCUGGCGAGAUCUCGGAUUGCUUAGAAGUUCGUUCAAUCUUGGAUCUACCCAAAUCCUUGAUACGUACAUCCAGACUGGAAGUCUGUUGGAAGUGGCAAUGACAGAGCAGGUAAGAAUUGUCAACAACCUCUUCCAUAGAUUAAAACUGAACAAAGAAAUUUUUUUAACAUAAAGCGAAACGCUUUCUCAUAUUGUCAAACCUGUUGUUCCACGCUGGCACCGUGUCGUGGAAAACGUGGACCAGUGGAGGUCAGUGGGAAAGGCCCCAUUCAACGGCUGAAACUGAACUAAAUUGUUGUUCCACAGGCUCCUUCAAGCUCCAGUAGAUAUGUUGAAUUACCUCUCGCUUGGGGAUGCACCUGGGAUCACCUCUCCAGACAACGAAUUUUGGCUGAAGCAGUGCUUCCUUGUGAAGGUAUUUGAAAGGGACUUUUGCAGUUUUAUGGUCUUCCAAAAACGAAAGUUGAAGGUUGAAGAGAGUCUGCAGUUAAUUUGAUUAAACCAAAAUAUUUUAGAAACAUUUUUUGUGCAAUUGUAUGAAGAUUUUAUACUGAAAUAUCCUUGUUUUGAACUUCAUAACCAUCGUACAGUUUUUUUCGAUGAGUUGUUAAAUUGCUUAAAGACAUAACUAACCUUGGUUAUUGACGUGUUUGUUUUGACAAAACUGUGAAUGGUGAUGAUGAACAUUUCAUUACAGCUGGGGAUUACACCUGUGUAUCUGAAGAGGUGAAAAUUGGUGCCGAAGCUAUAUGGAACUACUUAUUAUCACACACAAACUGGCAAGCACUACUCGACUGGAUCAGAUCCAUGGCCUCUGAUUUGGAAGGAUCUCAUGAGAACGCCAGCCUCCAUGUUCACAAAGGGAACGUCGUCCUGCCAAAGCUGAGUCGUGGUGUCUUCAGUCAAAUUGAUGGCUGCCACAAAGUCGUAAAAGAAAUGAUUUUAGAAGAGCUAACCAGGUACAAUUUAACUACCCACCUACCCCUCCCCCUACUCAACGUUUGCACUAAUUUCUGACUUAGGGCAAAAUAUUAAAUUAGGGGAGGGGUAGGUAGGGAGUUUGUCAGAAACUUAUACUCUCAAUAACUGAUACCCUGUAUCGGUUUCACUGAUCACGUCCCUCAGUAAUAGGAGAUAGUUCUUAGAUUGUUACAACUAAACUAACUGUCAUUGGCAAAUUUGUACCACCAUUGCUUUUGUUUUUUCUUUCUAGGAAUGGAAUGUUUACAACAUCUCAGCUAUCCAGCUUUUCUCUUCUGCUUCACUAUUUGUGCGUAACACAGUCACUGUUUAAGGACAACCCGCCAAUAUCAUCUCUGGAAAACCCUCGUGCGAGUGAAAACAAAGUGUCGGCUAAUACAGAAGGAUGUCUUGUAUCCGUGUUGCAGUUUCAUCGGAGUUUUAUCGACUACUGUAUAAGGCUAAAACUUGCCAACUUGUUGUAUUAUUACGUGGAUUUCUACAGGUUUGUUUUACCGCUGAAACUACUUUUCUCUUUUAAGUCACAAAAAUUACCACACUUUACUUCAACAACAUUUUUGGGAAACAAUUAGUACCAUGUGAAAGUACUUCUGAAAAGAGUUCACAGGAGUUUGUCCUCAGCCCCAAAAGUUAUAGUUACAAUUAAAGACCCUGGUAUUGAGGGGAUAUCUACACACGCACGUACAGUACUCUAUAUGAAGAGGAUAACAGAUGUAGGAAUGUGAUGUGUGAAUUGUGUCAUCUAAAUGUUGAUAUACUUUUCAUGUUUAGGCUGUGUGAAUGUGAAAGCAGCGUGAAGGAACUUGGAUUAAAUAAGGAGAUACCAGCUUGGGUUGACAUGCUCAUAAAAUGUAGACUCCUUGGGCAGAACUCUGAAGGUAGUCUGUUUCCAGUUUACGACUUAGUUAUAAUGUUUGGAGACAGUGGUCAAGAAAAAUGGCGUCUUGUCUAGAUUAGCAACUUACAGUACCAACAGAAUACAGGAGGCAUUUUUCUUCUAGUCAUGAAUGAUUUUACUGGAUUUUUGCAUCAACUAGACCUUCGAUUACCAAUAAAAUCGUGCGUCUCUUUAACGGAUCAAGCAGAUUGCUAUCCAGUUAAAAGUUACCAUAAAGGAACCUUGACUGUGAAAUACGAGUUAACGUCAGGAUGUUAUGACUGACGACAGUCGUGAGAACCCGCUAGAACCAUAAAGCCUUCACUAAGUACACCAACACUAUUGGUGUAGGACAUAGUACGCAUUCCAGGCUUGUGACGCUUUAAAAUACAUUGUGGCAUGUAGGACUGGCAAAAACGUACUAAUAAAUAACACAUGUAGUAAGUUAUUGACCAUCACGACUGCUCUCUUUAGAUCAUGGUGCGGUUUUUCAAGCCAGUUUAUCAAUGGCAAGCUUUCUUUUAAAUACUGAGUUGCCUUCUGUCACACACAUGCUGCAGGCAGGACGCCCU